AUGGACUACCUCUUUCGUCACCGCUCCAUCGUUCGCAUGACAGUUGAAGUUCAACCUCCCACUCCAAAACCCGAACAACCUCCUCAAACUCAACCUGACCCCGUCGAAGAAAUUCGCCUCAAAUUCGUCGCCGUCGUCGAAUGCAGCCACUUCCUAGUAUCCACCAACAACAACUUUAGAACCACAACGCUCACCAGGCGACAUGAAUCCGAAAAAGUUCCCUUGGUAGUCCACCAGAUCCCCAUCCAAAUCUUGGAUCAUGGCCCCCAAUCCCUCCACCAAUUCCUCUCCUCAAAGUUCCCAGCAUAUCAAAACGACACCGUAUUCAACAUCCACACCAUCACAGACAAGAUUAUAGCCACGUGGGCUGAAAUCAAACAACAACAAGAACAAAAUCUCUCAGUGUUUGUUGGAAAAGUGCUUCCUUUGACAGUUACUUUAAGAUUAUGGAAUGUUGUAGUAACACGUCAUGAGACACCAAUGGAAGACAGAUUUAUGAUUCCUACGAGUGACUUUGCUGUGGAGGAGAUGCUGAAGAGAGUGAAAGUUGAACAACAAUUUGACGAUGAUGAUCAAAUUCGAAGCUGUGUAAUUUGCUUGGAGGACAUAAGUGUCAAUAUGGAAAAAGAGGAGAAUGGUGAAGUAAUUUUAUUACUAUUACAGAUGCCUUGCUUGCAUGUGUUUCAUGAAGAAUGCAUAAAGAAGUGGCUGAAGAGCAGCCAUUAUUGUCCAAUUUGUAGAUUUCAAAUGCCCACAGAUUCAUCCUAA